UUUCGUUUUAUCUUGUUACAAAACAUUCCUCACAAAACAGCUCAAUUUGUUUUGCUUAAAAUUGACAGUGACAGUUAAAAAGAUUGAAAGAAGGUAUAAUUAUGCCUGGAUCAGAAGUUGGGAGACUUUCACGGGCAACUUUUGCCCUCAGCUGAUUUUGGUUUCCAGAGGCCCAGUUUGGGGUGGUCCCUGGUGUCAUUAGAACUAGAGUGGGGUUCACUGGAGGGUCAUCUCCAAAUCCUACCUACCGCACCAUGGGAGAUCACACAGAAACUGUGGACCUGGAAUUUGACCCUGAUGUUGUUUCCUAUGAAGAACUUUUAAAUAAGUUUUGGAAAUGGCACAAUCCUUGCUCUCAGCGUGGAACCCAGUAUAUGUCUGCCAUCUUUUAUCACAGCACCAAGCAGAAAAUGUUAGCCGAGCAGACUAGAGAUGAACAGCAGAAAGACCAUGUGUCCCCUAUUGUAACAAAAAUUGCUAAAGCUGGACCUUUCUAUAAUGCAGAAAACUACCACCAGAAGUACAUUCUAAGACAGCAUAGAGACAUUUUAGAUAGCCUGCACUUGACAGAUGAAGAACUGAUUCUGUCUCCCCUAGCCUGCAAAUUUAAUGGGUACCUUGGUGGUUAUGGAAACUUUGAAGACUUCCUAAAGGACACAGAGGGUGUGAAGCUGACCAGAAAACAACUGGACUAUGUAGAACAACAACUGGAAAAGGUGUCCAGGUUCUAAACUGCAAUACCAAACAAGUGCCCAUGCAAAGACCACAGGCCCUUACCCAGCCUUGGCAUUUACUACUUACUUAUAGUCCUCUUCCUGCUGUUCAGCAAAAUAAUAAGGCCAUCACAAGAGACUUCAGUGCUGGUCUGUCUUGUGUCCAUCUCUGGACCUGUCACAAUGACCAGUCGUUCUCCUUUAUUUCUUUCUCCACUGAUCUUCUUCAGACCUCUUUUGGUAUAAGCAUUUACUACCUCACUUUCAAAACUGACAAAGGGUAUGAUUUGUGAUUUAUAAUUAGUCCUCUGUAACUUUUUAACUCUCAUUUUAUGAUUAAUCGGUUUAGUUUUUAUAAGAAAAUUUCCUUAUGAAUUCCAUUUUGUGAUAUGUUCCUGUGAAAAUCUCAUUGAUAGAAUCUAAAUUUCCCUGUGUUUGAGUUAAAAAAAGUCUUUAUAUCUUUUUAAUGAUAAUUCUUGAUUCAAGUUAUUUUUAACUUUCAAGAAAUUGAUGAUGUAAAGAUAUGAGUGUUUUUUUCUUUAACAUAGACACAAUGCAUUGUUUAUAGUGUAGAAUACUCUGUUUUGUUCAUCAUGCUUGUAAUAAAGAAAUUCAUCUCUUUCCAAUGAUAUGCUCUUGAUAAAAAAGAUAUUUAAACUUUCAAGAGAUUGACACUUUGAAGAAAUGAAUUCCUUCAUACAAACAUGACAAAUUUAUAUAAUUGCUUACUGUGAAUUGUUAUGUUUUUUGUUUUAUGAAAUAAAUUUGUUACACUUUA